GGCAAGUAAGUAGUUAGUUGUAGCUUCCUGAUUUUGGUGUCUUGUGAUGACUUCACUGCACGCCGCCGACGCUCACUACUGUUUUUAGACCUUCUACUUCUAGCUGCUCUGUACUAGUAGUAGUAGUAGUGGUACUAUACUGUCUACAUUAUAACACAUCACUGAGUUAUUCUGUCGGCAUCGAAACAGGACUGCCCGGUGUUCAGAAGUCAGUAGAUAGCCGUGUUCUUCAUUUUCUUCUUUCACGCCCACUUGCUGAAUGUGACUUCAGACAAGUAACUGUUUUACAAAGUAACAGUUGUAUUGUGUUGAGCCUGAGCCAUCCCUCUGUGGUCUGUGUGGACUACCAGAAAGGCAGAAUCAACAAGCAGUAGCUGCUAGGAAGCUUGAGCCGAACCGGAUCCGCGGACGCAGCCUAGCCCGCAUGCUCGGUGCACUCCGAUUUCACGGUGCACGUGUAACACGGUGUGCCUCUUCAAGCUCUUGCCUUGCAAGCUUGAACAGCGAAUUUUUGAAAUAAUUACUUGAACAACAGCAGAUGAAAGUGCACAUCAAGUCUUGAGUCUUGGUGUGCAGACCAAGAAUCACCAGGCUUUGCAGUAGCCUGCGUUCCAGUAUUUUCUAAGCUCGCCUAGUCAGGCUUGACGUUCUUCUGGCUUCCUGUGCGGCAUCAGCCAUGUGGCGUUCAUAUCUCAUCAUAGUCUGCAGCUUGCUGGGCCUGCAGCUGUUGUGCAGCACACAAGUUACACUGGGACAAACAUUUUCAACAAUCUCUUCAAGCCAAAUGCAGCAGAGGCUGAGGACAUUUUCUACAUCUGCUCUUUCCGUGCAGGCAAUGCAGGAGUUGUAUAACAAUAAUGCGGAGCUGUCCACAUCACCUGCGCUGAAUGGUGCCACUAUUGCCAAUAAUCUUGCAACUCAAGUGGCGUCACGUCUUACCUCUCGCCUGAGCAUAGUUACCUCGCUUCGUUCACGAGCGCGUGAUGCGUACAAUGGCGGGCAGACAUCUAGCACCCUGACUGAGUGCUGCAGGCUGUCCCGGAACAGUGUCAGCUUUGAUGCUCGCUUCAAUCAAACGGUCAACCUUGACAAUGGAUGUGAUCGUAUCAGUGCUAGUGCAUCAUCCUCACGGUCCACCAUCAGCUCUACAAUCACUGCCGAGGCAAAGGCACAGCUGAACCGUGUUCCGGAGGCAAGAUUCCAAUACUUUGGAUCGGAAGAAGGCUAUGCAACACUGUAUCCUGGCAUCAAUAUCACUGAUUGCUCCGAUUAUGACCCAAGAUUCAGACCGUGGUAUGUGGCAUCUGCAGUGCCCACACCCAAGGACCUGGUCAUUGUAGUGGAUGUUAGUGGAUCUAUGGGCGAUAUUGUACCCAAUUCCGGACGUCAAAGUCGUCUUGACCUUGCUAAAGUUGCCGUCGCAUCUAUAUUGAACACACUAUCAGACAGAGAUCGGGUCACUGUUGUGCCGUUCUCUGACAUUGUGGAGUCCAUCGGUGGCAGUAGUAGCGAAGCAGGGUGCUUUGACUCUGAGCUAGGCCUGGUAUCUCCGUACAGCGUUAGACUUCUGACUAGACUGGUCAAUGGUCUCAAUGCAAACGGUGGAACAAGAUAUGCAACUGCUAUUGAAGCUGCUUAUGAGCGCCUCGAUGUGCCAGAACUGCGGCCGGAGAGAAGAGCAGAGAAAGUAAUCAUUUUCUUGACGGACGGUGCGCCAUCGGACGGCUCUCAGGUCUUGCCUGCUCAGCGCAUUGCAGCCGCCAAGUUCCAGUACACAGUGACUGUGUUGACGUACGCACUUGGUCCCUCCAUCUCCGAUCCGACUCUGCUAUCUAACAUGGCUGCUCAGAGAUAUGGCAGUGGCUUCUCGCUGCCAUCUAGCGGAGCUGUCGGUCGAUAUCAGCAAAUCGCUGACUUCAACAACCUACGCGGCAGCCUGUCUCUGUACUAUUCGUUCUUUGCCACUGAGGUUUCCACGUCGUCGACUACCAUUACAAUGCCGUACUACGAUGCAUUUGGCCUGGGUGCCAUUCUGACCGUGGCAGCACCAGUCUAUGCUGGGCCAACGACCAAUCUUCGGCUGGCUGGUGUUGUCGGUGUCGAUGUCACGGUGUCCGACCUCUUCGGUGAUAUCUCGUACUUCUCCGAUGCUGAGCACCAGUAUGCAUUCAUGAUCAACAAUGAUGGUGAAGCCGUCCUUCAUCCUCUUCUUUCGCUGCCCGUGGAUCUGUCCACUGAUCCUCUGUUUCAAGACAUCACGCUCCUAGAGCCGGACGCUGCAUUCCGUAGCAACGUGUACAUGCAGAUGAGAAACCGUACAACAGGGUCAGCCACUUUCACUGCAACGCGAUUUCAGAUGAUUGGUAAUAGUCAAUAUGAAGGCACAGUGCGUGUAUCAGUGAUGUCAUCUUAUUACUGGCAACCGAUUUCUGGAACUGAGUUCAUCGUCGGUGUAGUUUUGAAUCACGAUGCCUCCAAUGAAGUUGAUGCUCUAAUUAACCAAGCCCGAAGUUCAGUGAACACUCUGUACCAUCGACUAGACCUCAAUGUGCGCGGACAACGGUGCAGUCAGUUUGGGCAUCUUGCCGUGAGAGAUCUGAGCGCGGUCAAAUUUUCACCAGAAGCAUUCCUCAAUCCGUCGCAGUAUCUCAACGUGCCGGAGACAUCUCAGACUGUUUCCAGCUAUCUGAGCUACUUGGAUGGCAAUGGUGCCAACUCCUAUUUCAAGGAUACAAUUCGCAACUCGGUUCGCUUGACAUCGGCGCUGGAUGCACUAUGGAAUAGCCCUGCGGCUGGUCUGUACUCACGCUCGGUUGUGUGGAGGUAUAUUGGUAGCAUAGAUGGCAUGUUCCGCAUCAUUCCAGGAACACAGCUGCCCACCGCAUACGAUCACUUGCGUCGUGACUGGUUUACAAGGGCCCUGAGUAACCCAGGAGAUAUAACCCUGUCACCACCCUACCUUGAUGCAUUUGGUGCUGGCUAUGUUGCCACACUUAGUCAGAGUAUUCACCAAUCAGUCAACCGCUCUGUACCAGCUGUUGGUGCUGUGAUGGGCGUGGAUUUUACCAUGGGCUUUCUCGGCUUGACCAUUGAACAAGUGUACCCGGAAUGCCGCAAUACGUACAGGUGUGUGAUAGUGGAUAGAUCUGGCUACUUGGUCUACCACCCUGACUUUGUAACUACCGGUCAAGACCCACAAUGGGUUCAUUUGGGCCGUAAGGAACCUUAUCUGAUGAGAGACCUGCAGGGCAGAGGCUUCGCUCAGAGGAUUAACUGCGCCAAGUAUGAUGUGCAAACACGCUAUGUUUCAUGGAGGAUAAGCGUCACUGGCCGCAUCACUGGAACUCUCACUUGUUCCGAGUCUGUCCCAUAUGUGCUUGAACCCAUUUCCGGUACCAAUGUGUACAUUGCAUUCAUGCAAUCCACCGGUUGCUCACAGCCAAACAAUAACGUUUGUCAGUGCAAUAGUAACGGGCUGGGUAGAUGCACGCGUUCAUCACUCUGCGAGUGCCCGUGUACACGAGAUCUUGAUUACAGCGCAUGCACGAAUAGCUUUACGGGAUCAUCACUUGUGUAUGACGUUUGUCCUGCGGAGAUUGCUGGCUUGCCUGUCAUACCGCGACAGCCAUCAUCUAUUGUGGGCCUGGAGGGUUGCUUCAAUGGCACUUGCUCAGGGCUCACCCAGUCUAGUGACUGCCGUGCAACUCAAGGCUGUGCCUGGUGUACCAGGAGUGCGUCUGGUACUGAGCUGUCGUCCAGUUUCUGCACAACCGACUGCCAGUGCUUCGGUGGCCGACAAGGCGAAAAAAACCCGAGUGGCAACUGUGUGGCUCCGCAAGGUGGGGGUGACGGCGAUGAUGAUGACUCCGGCUCAGGUGGUCUGUCUGGUGGUGCUAUUGGGGGAAUAGUGGUUGGUGUGGUGGUGGUCUGCUUUAUUGUCUUCAUUGUGAUCUCGAAAAGCUCGUCCGGUGGCUCGUCCGUAAGCUCAAGCCAGCCAGCGGUGAGGACUUCCGCUGUCAAGCAUACCCAGCCAGCAGCUGCUUCUUAUGGAGGUGCUCCAGAAGCACCUUCGGGAGCGCUGCGUCGACCUUCCGAGCCGACCGCUCCAGCAGCAACCUCAUACAACCCGCCGCCGGCCAGCAAUCCUGCAGCCCCUCCAGACUACUCAGCCGCUGUGAACAUCGGUUCAGACUUCCAGUCAACGGGCUAUUCAGCAGCACCGUACCCGUCAAGCACUACCGCUCCGUAUCCGUCAAGCACUACCGCUCCGUACCCAUCAUCUAACCUGCCAUACCCGUCCGCGGCGACAUCGGGGCCGUAUCCACCAUCCACUGCAGAUCCCAACUACCCUACUAAACCAGCUUACUAAAUAUCAUCUCUGUCAGUUGCUAGUUAUAUACAUAUCCAUUUCAGGCAAUAAUUAGGAUUUAGGACAUAAAUAUUUUACUGCAAGCCACAAGGGAGUGUGUGUGUAUGCCAGUACUGCAUGCGUUUUAAUAAUGACAGUAUAGUGUCAUUGCCGCUGCGGACUGAUUUCCCUUCCAGAGUAGGCUAGGCCUAUCAGUCGUGAGGGUCUCUUGCGCCGCCGCUCACCUCAAUCACACACUAUCGCACAUGAUCGUGUUUAGAUUACAGCCCUCUAUGGCGCAGUGUCAAAUUCGAGCUGAACAAUGUUUCCGUCUGACAUUAUAACAGUCAAUGGGUCGUGUGUUAGCAUUGUGCCGAGGAGUGGAUUCCCUUUUCUCAUGAUCUGACAUCCUCGCUAUUUCUAGGUCUCGUCGUACGAUAGAGUAACGGCUAUUUCAAUCCUGUGUUGGUCACGGAAGUAGAUUUCUAUUUUUAGCUCUUACUUUGUGUGUAUCUUGCUUGUGUUUACCAAAGCGUGGUUGCCGUUGUCUAUUUUUGCGUUUAUAUGGGCUGCAGUGAAACUCCUGCUGACAAUUUGUAAAGUUAGGUUCUGCUUCUGAGUGUUGUAAUUUCUUCUUCUUUCUCCUCCGCAUCUCAUUUGAUUACUCAUCUACAUUUAGCCACACUUUUCUGCUGCUGUGCAGUUCUGUCACAACCUUUUGUGUAUCCUUGAUAGAGCGCUUCAUGAACUUACAAGACUUACAAGUUCCAGUCCGGUCA